AUGAAUUUCGGAGAAGACCUCUCCGAAUUCUGGACGGCACUGGAGCAGCGUCACACCAUCCCGACCCAGCGCGACACGUCCGUGCGUGAGGGACGUGGCUGCCGCUGUCCCCCGGCCAUGGCGCUGGGUGGGUGGUGGCCCCCAGGGUACGAAAGGGCGGUGGGGCGGGGGCUGCGCGGGGCGGUGGCAGCCGUUCUCCCGCCCCCUCCCAGACGCUUGUCCUUCCCAUCACCGGCGGCGGCGUUCCGGAGUUGCUCCCGCAGCGGCGAGUCGGAGACACCUGCGUGGCGGUGGCGAGUAGCAGGGCAUAGGUUGCCCGUGAUGCCGGCUUACCUGCCAGGCAUGGCGCGGUGGCUGCGGGCCGGCAGGUGCCGGGGCAGGCAGGGCGGCAUUCCCCCGACGGGACGGGCGCUGGCGCUGCUGCUGCCGCUAUGGCUGGGCGCGGCGGCCGGCGACGCGGCGCCGGUGUAUAACCUCAGCCUGACAGUGGACGAGGGGCUGCCGGCAGAGACACUGGUGGGCGACAUCCGCGCGGGGUUGCCGGCGGGCGCGGACCCGCCCGGGGGCUUUCUACUGUCGGAGGGGAGCGGCGAGUCGGCGCUGCUGGCGGACUUCCACGUCCAGCCGGAGACGGGCAUCAUCCGCACGGCGCGGCGCCUGGACCGGGAGCGGCGGGCGCGCUACAGCUUCGCGGCUGCAACGCUGCGCGGCGAGGUGGUUCAGGUGGAGAUCGCUGUCACCGACGUGAACGACCACCCGCCACGCUUCCCGAAGGACAAUCUGCAGCUCAACAUCUCCGAGCUCAGCCCGCCUGGCACCGCUUUCCGCUUGCCGGCUGCCCGUGACCCCGAUGCCGGCCUCUUCGGCACGCAGGGCUACGCGCUGUUGGAGCAGGGGGGCGCGGCGGGGGAGCCGCCGCUCUUCCACCUGCGCUAUGUGCGGCCGGAGCCGCUGGAGCUGGUGCUGCUGCGGCGUCUGGACCGAGAACGGGCGGACGUCCACCGGCUGGUGGUGGAGGCGUGGGACGGCGGCAGCCCGCGGCGACGCGGCCACCUGCGGGUGUCCGUGCGGGUGCUGGACGAGAACGACAAUGCUCCCGCAUUUAGCCGCGGCGAGUACCGGGCGCGGUUGCGGGAGGACGCGCCGCCAGGCACCGCCGUCUGCCGCCUGCGGGCCACUGACCCCGACCUGGGCGCCAACGGCGAGGUGCGGUACGCCAUCAAUCGCCGGCAGAGCGACCCCGACGGCUACUUCGCGGUGGAGGAGGGCAGCGGCGUCCUGCGCCUCCGCCGCCCGCUGGACCGCGAGGAGCGGGCCCUGCACCACCUUGUCGUGGAGGCGCAGGACGGCGGCGCCCAGCCCGAGGUCUCCAGCGUCCUCGUCUCCGUGGCCGUGCUGGACGUGAACGACAACCGGCCCUCCAUCCAUCUGCUCUACCUCACCGAGACCGGCGGCCCGCAGGUCUCCGAAGGGGCGCGGCCCGGCGACUACGUAGCCCGAGUGUCCAUCUCGGACGCCGACGAGGGCGGCAGCGGGGAGGGCGGCGACAGCAUCGCGCUGGCCCUGCUGGGCGGCGACGGCGCCUUCGCGUUGCGGACGGCCGGGGCCGGUGUCUUCUUCCUCUGCGUGGCGGGGCCGCUGGACCGCGAGAGCCGCGACCUGUACGAGCUGCGGCUGGUGGCCAUGGACGGCGGCACGCCGCCGCUGUCCGCCGAGGAGCCGCUGCUGCUGCGCGUCGCCGACCUCAACGACGAGACACCCGCGUUCCCGCAGCCCCACUACCGCGCCGCCGUCUCGGAGGCCGCUUGCCCCGGCACCGCCGUGCUCUGCCUCAGCGCCUCCGACGCCGACGAGCCGGGCUCGCCCAACUCCGAGGUGCGGUACGCGCUGGAGGGCGACGCGGCCGCCCUGGCCCUGCUGCGCAUCGACGCGCGGAGCGGCGCCGUCAGCACUCGCGGGCGCCUGGACCGGGAGCGGCAGGAGGCGCUGGAGCUGCGCGUGGUGGCGCGGGACGGCGGGGUCCCGCCGCGCGCCGCCGCGUGCCGCCUCAGCGUGCGCGUGGAGGACGCCAACGACAACGAGCCGCGGUUCGAGCGCGCCGUGUACCGCGCCCGCCUGGCCGAGCACACCGCGCUAGGCCGCCCCCUCCUCCAGGUCAAUGCAACAGAUGCAGAUGCUGAUCAGUUUGGAGAAAUUGAGUAUUCUCUUUACGAUGGAUUUAAUUUUUACAAAAAAUCCAAAGCUUUCCAGAUUGAUCCACACACUGGUCAGAUCUUUGUGUCUCAAGACAUUGACAGAGAAGGAGAUCCAACUACUUAUGAUCUCUUAGUAAAAGCUACAGAUGGGGGUGGUCUGAGUGCCCAAGCUUUUGUUCACAUUGAGAUAGAAGAUAUUAAUGACAAUCAACCUGUUUUUGAACAAGACAUCUAUGUGACAAGUAUCAGCAGUCACACACAGCUGGGAACAGAAAUCAUCAAUGUUGUUGCCAUAGACAGAGAUUCAGGAAUAUUUGGCAUUGUCACAUAUGAGCUGGUUCCAGGAGAAUUUUCUUCUUUUUUCACAGUGGAUACAUCCACAGGAAUUAUUUACCUGACUUCAGCUUUUGGCCACCUGGCACGUUCUGCACUCUUCCUGACUGUUUCUGCCUGCGAUGGGGGUGGCCUUCCCUCUGCCAGCAAUGCAGCUAUCACAGUAAAUAUCCUUCAGACUGUUGUGGUCCCUGCUAUAUUUGAGAGAUCCCGAUAUAGCUUUUCUGUUCCAGAAGAUGCCCCUGAAGACAGUGUGAUUGGCACCGUAAAGGCCAGAAAGCCCCCAAAUUCGUUAGAAGUAGUUUCUUACAGAAUUUGCUCCGGUGAUCCGCAUGGAAAGUUCUCUAUCGAUCCCCAGUUUGGCAUUAUCCGCACCAAGAAAGAGCUUGACCAUGAAGCUCAGCCUGUUGUGGUGCUCACUGUUCAGUCACAGCUGGGUAAUUUCCCCAUCUACACCAGCACUCAAGUCAACAUAUCUGUUACAGACAUUAAUGACAACCCUCCAGUAUUUCUUGCCAAAUCUGGUAAGGUAACCAUCUCACACACCCAGCCUCCUGGUACUGCUAUCUACAUUGCUCAUGCUGAAGAUAAAGACAGUCACCUAAAUGGGGCAAUUAAAUACAGUAUUGCAAGCAAGCAGUCAGAUGCAUUUAGCAUUGAUCCAAGUCUUGGAGUGGUAAACCUUACCAGGACAGUCUUUGAGGAAAAGCAGAAGGAAUAUACUCUACACAUAGCAGCUGAAGACUGUGGAAGUCCUCCUCUGACUUCUUUGCUGAUGUUGACAGUGGUUAUUGAAGAGCAGAAGAUGGGCCCUAUUUUGGUUUUCCAAAGCUUGGUGUAUCAAGUAGAAAUCAGUGAAACUACCUCUCUAGGUGCCCAAAUUCUUCAGGUUCAAGCCCAGUCACUUAAUUCACAGAACAUUACCUCCAAUCUGACCUAUUCCUUAGAGCCGAGCACUGAUUCUCUUGCAUUUGGAAUCAGCUCUGAUACUGGCUGGAUUUAUCUUCGGAAGCAUUUGAACUAUGAAUGCGCACAGAUGCUGAGUUUUAGAGCCUUGGUCAGCACAUCUGAGGACAAAAAGCUUAGGCAAAAUGCAAGUACAUCUAUAAUAGUUAAUGUCCUGGAUGAAAAUGAUCAUUCUCCCAUGUUUAUGCGUAAGAGCUACUUCUUUGAGGUUGAGGAGAAUCUGAUUCCCAGUGGUGUGGUUGGCACCAUUACAGCUGUUGACAAAGACUCAGGAAGAAAUGGACAGCUUUCCUAUUUCCUCUUGUCUGAUGGAAAGUAUUUCAAGAUCAAUUCUAACACAGGUGAAAUCAUAAACUGGGCGGCGCUGGACCGCGAGGAGCGGGCGCACCAUGUGCUGCAGGUGCUGGUGACGGACGCGGGCCGGCCCCGGCGCAGCGCCACGGCCGCCGUGCGCAUCUCCGUGCGCGACCGCAACGACCACGCGCCGCGCUUCCCGCAGGGGGCGCUGCGGCGGCAGGUUUUGGAAGGGCAGCCAUCAGGGACACUUGUUACCACCAUCUUUGCAAAAGACUUCGAUUCUGGGAACAACAGUGUUGUAUUAUAUUCAGUAGAAUCAGAAGAGGAUAUAGGAUACUUCCAGAUUGAUGCUGUCAGUGGAGAGUUAAGAACAACCCAGCCUCUGUCACAUGCUGAGAGAUCCAACUAUAGAAUGAUCAUCACAGCCAAGGACCAGGGGAUACCUUCGCUUCAAGGAAGUGCUACUGUUUACAUCCAGGUGAUCCCACUUCCCAAUGGGAGAUCUGGCUUCUCUCAAGACUUCAAGCACUUUGUCAUACCUGAAAAUUUUAAACCUGCACAAGUGUUGGAUUCUCUGAAGGCGCCAAGUAACCAUCUAGCACUUAACAGGAAACUGCAUUUCAGUAUUGCUAAAGAUGAUAAUGUUAAUUUUGAAAUAGACAGCUUGACAGGAGAACUUUAUCUUUCCAAGGAGCUUGACUAUGAGACAGAUUCACACUUUCUUUUGCAAGUUAUUAUAAAGGAUUAUAAUAAUCCCCAACAAAAUAGCACUGUCUUCCUAAGCAUUGAUGUAGAAGAUAAGAAUGAUAAUUCUCCAUAUUUUCAAGAAGACUUUGUAGUGAUUGGCAUAGAAGAAAAUGUACCUGUUGGCACUCUAGUUUACACAUUCAAUGCAAAGGAUGGAGAUGGCAGUUUUCUGAACAGCAAAAUAGAGUAUUCCUUAGAAAUGAGUAACAGGGGUGAAAAUCAGUUUCUUAUUCACCCUUUGUAUGGCACCUUGACCACAGCUUCUCCACUAGACAGGGAGAUUACUUGUUCUGUGAUCUUGACGGUGUUUGCAGAAGACCAGGCAAUAAAUCUGACUGAUCGUCGGCUGGUUUCCCUGGCUGUGAAAAUUGUCAUUUUAGAUAUCAAUGACAACAGUCCCAGUUUUAUGUCUUCACCUCUCUCCUAUGUCAUGGAGGAUGUGGAGGUGGGCUUCCUUGUACACCGUGUAAUUGCAAAGGAUCCUGAUGAGGGAAGAAAUGGACAAGUUACUUAUAACAUUCUUUCAGGCAAUGAAAACAAAGCAUUUGUACUGGAUAAAAUCACAGGACUCUUAACUACAGCCCAGUUUCUAGACCGUGAGGUUCAGGAGUGCUACAGUUUGACAGUCAUAGCUCUCGAUGAUGGCAGCCCAGCUCUCUCUGCCACACAAGUUCUAACCAUCAUUGUUCUUGAUGUGAAUGAUGAGACCCCAGUAUUUCUGAAGCAACUUUAUGAGACUGAAGUCCAUGAAAACCGAGAUCCAGGGGAGUUUGUCAUAAGAGUGGAGGCUGUGGACCGAGAUGCAGGACUGAAUUCCUUCCUUCAGUAUGAAAUCUUACCAGGAACUGGUUAUGAGAAAUUCAAGAUGAAUUCAGACAGUGGAGAACUCGUAACAGCUGCAUCGCUGGACAGGGAAGCCCAGGAGGUUUUCAGUAUUAAAGUUUUGGUUCGGGACAGUGGAACCCCGUCACUGUCAAGCACAGUGACAGUAAUAUUCACAGUGCUGGAUGAAAAUGAUCACUCUCCCACGUUUCUUCUUCCUUCCUCUGAGAUCUUUAUUCCAGAGAACCAGCAGCUUUCUGUUGUUUACAUUAUUCGGGCUGUAGAUAUGGAUGCUGGCAAUAAUGGAACUCUAAGAUACAAAAUAAUUGGUGGAAAUGUUGGAGAAUACUUCACACUAAAUAACACAUCAGGCAAGCUGCUGGUCACUCGUAGCUUAGACAGAGAAGACGUCAGCAAUUUCACUCUUGUAAUUGAGUGCCAUGACCUAGGCAGUCCCUCAAGAAGCUCCACUGCACAGCUCUGUAUAACAGUCUUGGAUGAAAAUGACCACAGCCCAUUGUUUGCAGAGGCCCAGUAUCAAAUCUCUGUGACAGAAGACCUGGAGGAAGGCUCAGCCAUCCUGGACCUUUCUGCUUCUGACAAAGAUGCUGGCCUGAAUGGUGAAGUUAUGUACUCCCUCAUUGAUGACACCUAUGGAGCAUUUGCAAUUGACAGUGUCACGGGAUCCAUCAUUACUACAAAGGCACUGGACCGGGAGACCAAGUCCCAGUACACAUUUAGGGCUGUGGCAAGUGACCAUAGCACCUAUUUUCCAAGGAGCACCACUGUCAGUAUUGUGGUGCAUGUUGAUGAUGUCAAUGACAACAAUCCCAUUUUUUUGCAGAAUCCUAUCAGAGUCUUUGUGCCUGCUGAAACUGCUGUGAAUGAGACAGUAGCCACUGUGAGAGCAGAGGAUAUGGAUCUGGGAUCAAAUGGAGUGAUUGUUUUUAAUUUGAUGAUGGCAGAAGCUCUAUUUCAGAUCAAUGUGAAGACAGGUGACAUCAUUCUUCGGAAGCCCUUGGCUUCCAAGGACUUCAGUACCCAGCUGCUAGUGACAGCAUCAGAUCAAGGCUCUGCACCUCGAACAGCCACAGCUAUGGUCAUUAUCUUUACAGAAGAGCAAGAGGAGGUGAUCUCGUUCAGCCACAGCCUGUAUGAAGCAAGUGUGCCUGAGAACAGUGCAGCAGGUAAAUCACUUCUAACAGUAGAAGCCUAUGAACACAAAUUUACAGGAGAAGACAUAAAAUACAGCAUAUUCAGUGACCAGGAAAUAUUCUCCAUACACCCUGUUACAGGCACAAUCACAGUAAAAGAGCAAAACUACCUUGAUUGUGAAGUUAAGUGUAAAAUACAGCUUAGAGUUAUGGCUGAAAAUAGCUUCAAUUCAGUGUUCUGUGGAGUCACAAUUUUGAUUCAAGAUGUGAAUGACAAUGGACCGAAAUUUGAGCAAAGCUAUUACAAAGCAUCAGUAUGGGAAGGCCAGAGUCCUAAAACAGACAUCAUACAGACUGAUGAUAAUACUUGUUCAGCAACCAAAAAAAUACAAAGAGGACUCUUCGAAGAGUAA